CCCCACCAUAUUAACGCGACAACCCAUCUAAAUACCCCUCCACAGCACAUCCCAGAAACUGCUCAAUCCACACUGUUAACACGUCCUAUUCUAUCCACCUUCUGUUCUCUCUUUUUCUUACAGCAUUUUCUUAAAAUUUUCGCAUAGGCGGCCUCGUGGCCCGAGGUUGGUCGAAUGUGCGCUACUUGAGCAGAGCCAACUGUACAUAAUAUGACUGGAAAAGCAUGCGAGCACUGCCGCAAGGGCAAAAGGAGAUGUGACAUCUGGAGUGGGCCUACGGCAUGCUCUUCAUGCGUUCACCGGAAUUUGCCCUGUUCACGUGUGCCUCCAAAAACCACCAUAUCGCCGCAAUCUACAAAAAGUCCAUCGCCACUCAACCAAGAUGAUAUCCCAAAAAAUGUUGCUGAAACGCUCACCGAACUCUACCUUCGAUACAUGCAUGACAAGCCCCAUGCGCUAUUCCAUGAACCAUCCAUAAGAGAGGCUGUCGCCAAUGGCUCUGUCGCCCCAGUUGUGCUUUUUAGCAUACUAGGUUUAGGUGCACGUUUUUCAGAUGAUGCGGAAAUCCGAAGUCAAGCUCCCAGCUUUACUGAAGCUGCAAAACGCCAUUUAAAAUCCGACCUAGAGCAUUCCUGCGUUGAAAAUAUUCAAGCUUGUAUUCUUAUUGGCAAUAUAUGUCUUGGGGAUUCGGAUCCAGAUGCCGAGUCCAUAUAUUUCGUUUUAGCAAAUCGUAUGGCUCAAAUAGCUAAGCUAAGUGUCUUGAAUGAUGCUGACGAUGGUAUUACACGGGAGACUAAACUGCGUCUCUGGUGGACAUGCUAUUUGGUGGACACUUGGGCGAGUGGUGGGUCAGGCCUACCUCGUCAAUUCGACAUAUUAAACGCAGCACCUCGACUCCCUAUGGAUGAGGAAGCAUUUUUAAACAUGCGGCCAGGUGACCCUGAUGUCCCAGCUUCUGAAUGGAGGCCAGGGUUUUGGGGCUAUAAUGUUAAGAUGGCUACCAUAUACAGCCAUAUUUCCGACCUUACCAAGCGAAUUAUCAUAUCAACUAUCUGGGAAGAGGAAGCCAUUGAAGACGCUGUCCGCGAGUCCGCUGUAGAGCUAACUGCCUUUGAGGAGAGCCUUCCGACCACUAUGAGAUACUCUCUAAGCAACCUAACCCUACAGGUGGAACGCGGCCUUGGCCGUAACUUUAUAGCGCUACAUCUUGGAUACAAUCACUACGCUACCCUACUAUAUUAUCAGUAUCUUGAUCGGAAUCGGCCAUUCACAACCAAUGGUGCGGCAUAUGCCCAGCGCUGUAAACACCACGCUACACUUUUUUCUGAAAUCUUGGAAGCUUCACGUAACCAUGGCGGAGCAGAAGCACUCUACAAUAUCGUCGGCCAUGUUACUGUUGUUUCAUCUUCAGUGUUGCUACAUUCCUUCCUUUUUGGUGAUCCUAAUGAGGUGGAUUAUAUCCGACAGCGCAUUGAAUCUAAUUUUGAGUCGCUGGUGCAAUUACGCCGGUACUGGCCAAGCGUGGAGCUUAUGAUUAAUCGACUGAUAGUCUUUCAACGGAGUUGUCUGCGAUCAGAGACCUCAAACACCCACCGCUUAGACAAAUGGAUGGUUAAAUUCUUAUUACAGCAUGCACUAGCUCUGGACGACAAGGAGCUAGAGGAAGACGUCUAUGACCUGUCGUCGUGGCCGCUUUCUAUCCAAGACUCUCAUAUGGAUCCUACUCAUGUGAACACAGGUCUUAUGGAGCGUAGCCGCGUUACUAAAGAGAUAAUUGAAGACAUGCGGAUGCGUAGACAAUAGGGAGCAAAUACCAAUAACGAGUGU